CGGCCAUCUUUCGUCUUGUUAUGUGUGUGACUUCACAUUGCUGUACGAGUAGUUAUGACCUUCUGAUUAAUAAACCCAAUUUUAUUUUACGACAUUAGAGGUAAAAUGUUGGCAUGUAUAAUAGGACGAAAUGUCUUUGGUCAAUUUAAGAUAAGACAGUGGACUGGCCUUUUGCAGGUGUCUAACACGUUUACAUGUAUAGGGCAUCGGACCACUCACCCUUUACCACUGUUUACUAGAGGUUUAUAUGGACAGCUGUGCCCGAGACCUGUUGCAAGUGCUGUUCUGGGAGCCCAGUCAUUUCACUGGUCUGCACAAAGAUUAAAGAAACGGCCACAGGAAGAGAACCCACCAAAAGAACUUGACCUGAUUCGUUAUGACAUGAGAGACCUGAAGAAAGCUCCCAAGCCAGCCCUCUAUCUCGGAUUAGCUGGUCUUAUACCUUUCCUAUCAGCUCCUCUUCUUAUGGCUGUUUCAGAGGUCUAUCUUCCUGAAGUUGCAUUUGCUCAAGUCGCAUACGGAGCCUCCAUUGUUUCCUUUCUCGGAGGAACACGCUGGGGCUUUGCCUUGCCGGCUGGGAGUCCAGCAAAACCUGACUGGCUUAAUUUAGCAAACAGUGUGGUUCCCUCACUAAUUGCUUGGGUAUCGCUUCUUUUUAGCCAUGAUAUUACACAGUCUGCUAUAAUUGUGAUAAUGGGGCUUGGGAUAGCAUUGCAUUAUGACCUGUCUCUCCUGCCCACAUACCCCAGCUGGUUUAAAGCACUGAGGACAAUCCUCACAGCUGUAGCUUUUUUAUCCUUGGUGGGUACUAUUGUUAUUAAACAUUGUUAUCCGGAGAAGAGGUAUUACACUGAUAAUUGAUUGAUACGUUUUUGUAGCAUGUUUGGUUACAAGAAGAUGAAUGAUUAAACAAGAGUAAACUGACUGGUAUCACUGGCACGAUUUAAUGUACAGUCUAAACAUGUAAAUAUUAAAUUGUUUGACCUGAUCUUGUUGGCUGAUUUUCUGUCUUAAUUUCUUUCCCUAUUGAAAACACAAUUGAGUUUAUUAUUGAAAAGUUGUGAAAUUUAAGCAAUGAUUAUGACACCUUUAUACCUUAUACACUUCACAUACUUUGCUUAGAUCACUGACCUUGUGUUACUG